GGUAAUUAAUCUUUACGCUUCUCUCUCUGCAAGUACUCCUUGAGAGCAUCUCUCUCUAGAAUAUCGAGUAUUGAUGACUUGAGCGUCGGAGUGUUUUCCCCGAGGAAACAUCCUCGGGAUUUUCAGGUGUAGAAGCAGCUAAGGACUUCAACAGUGUUGGACUACGAAGUUGCCCAAACAUUUGGCGCCGUCUGGGGGAAACCGAACAAGAGGCUGUGUAGUUUAACCGGCAGAAAGACAAAAUGGUCCGUACCUUUACUGGAAUUCGCCCUCCAAGAGAUGAAAUGGACGAACAGGAAGACACUCAACUGUCUGAGCCCAGUUUGAAUAAUUUUAGGACAAUGCCAAGAAACCUUUUCGUUGGAGGAGCAGAAUAGGAUCAACUGAGUGAAACAGAUGAUGAUGAGAGAACACCAACUGGGUAUGGAACUCAGCCCGAACAUUGUCAAAUUCCAACAGGAACAAGGCAAAGACAGCCCAGGCAAGGCAAUCUACAACAGGAACGACCUGAAAGGUCGACAGAGCCUGCUUGAACAACCAAGCUCGAAGAGAGAACUAGAGUUCUCGAAAUGGCAAUGGUGCCCCACUAACCUAUCCAUCACAGCAGAACCGUAUCAAGAGGGAUUCAAAAUUCCCCACCUGGAGACAUAUGAUGGCUCGAGCGACCCAGAUGAGCAUCUGCACACCUAUCAAGCCAUCAUGAGAAUCCAAAAUGCCAAUGCUGCCAUGAUGUGCAAAGUGUUUCUAGCGACACUAAAGUCAACAGCCAGGAGAUGGUAUCACAAACUCCCUAGACAUUCUAUAGACUCGUACUCCCAGCUCGCCAAGCUAUUUUCCAACAAGUUUGCGAGCCAAAGGGAGAUCAAACGCACAGCGACCGAGCUGAUGCAAGUUCAUCAGAAAGAAGGGGAAUCUCUGAGGGACUACAUGCAGCGAUUCAACAAAGCCACCUUAGACAUUGAUAACGUCCCCGAUACCAUCUGCUUGUCUACCUUGCUGCAUGGUCUGAAACGCGGCCGGUUCCUAGACGACCUGCUGGAAAACCCACCGAAGACAUGGAAUGAAGUCAUUGACAGGUCGGCUACCUUUAUACUGUCAGAAGAUUUCCAGUCGUCCAAGCGACGAGCUGAUGAUAAACAGAACAAAAGCAAUGAGCAACCACUGAGAAGAGAGGAAAAGAAGAAGCAGAAAGUCAGCAAGCAAUGGGGGAAGCCAGCUAAAUUCCUGAAAUAUGCCAACUACAUCCCUCUGACCUUGCCAAGACAAGAGCAAACAUUGUACUACCAUCGUGUAUACGGUCACAAUACAGAAGAUUGCCAACACUUAAAGGACGAGCUGGAGUUCUUAGCUCGCAAUGGGAAACUAGAAGGAUAUGUUCAGAAGCUCCAUAACCAGCAACCAUCCCAAACUCACUUUGUGCAAGGAUACGACCGCCCUCAAGGGCAGAGGCGAGGGCAAGGACAGAGGACUGCUGCCCAGAACCAAAAAGAUAGGAAAGGGGUAGGCUAUGCUGGGAUUCCCCCGCCCUCUAGUACAACAAACAUGAUCUCGGGAGGUAUUCACUCAGGAGGCCAAAGCGCUCGAGGUCGCAAAGCAUAUGCUCGCCAGGUGAUGACUGUUAAUAAGAACAGGCCCUUGAAGCGCCCGUUUGAAGAAGCAGAAUGGGAAAAUGCACCUAUUACCUUCAGCCCGGCGGAUUACAAGCGAGCAGACGGAGAGCCCGACGUUAUGAUGCCUCAUGCAGAUCCCUUUGUGGCAACGGUUCAUAUAGAUAUUGAGCACCGACCUGAGGGUGUCGAGCAGAAGGUAGAGCCAGUAGAGCCAGUGGAGACAGUUCCUUUAAACCCUGAUGUGCAGGAAAGAACAGUUAAGAUCGGCACCAAGCUCACAGAAAAAGAGCGGGCAGAGCUUCUUGAGUUUCUAAGGGUUAAUCAAGACGUGUUUGUAUGGACUACGGAUGAAAUGCCGGGCAUCCCAACAGAGUUGACAGGCCACAAACUCAGCACGGACCCCACCAAAAGGCCGGUGGUGCAAAAACGUCGCCUUUUUGGCCUUGAGAAGCAGGCUGCUAUAGAUGAAGAGAUACAAAAGCUACUACAAGCAGGCUUCAUCAGAAGAGUCGAAUACUCCGAAUGGGUGUCCAACCCUGUGCUAGUUAAAAAACCAAAUGGCAAGUGGAUGAUGUGCAUUGAUUUCACCAAUUUAAAUGAGGCGUGCCCGAAAGACCCUCAUCCCUUGCCAAAUGUCGAGAAGCUAGUAGAGCGGGCAGCCGGACAUGAACGGAUGAGCUUUCUCGAUGCCAGCUCGGGUUAUCACCAGGUCCGGUUGCUGUUAGACGACCAGGAGAAAACAGCUUUCUACGCUGGUGACGCAAUCUACUGCUAUGUGAUGAUGCCGUUUGGCCUGAAAAAUGCUGGUGCUACAUAUCAGAAACUGGUGCAAAUCAUCUUUAAGCUCCAGAUCGGCAGAAACAUAGAAGUAUAUGUGGAUGACAUGAUAGUCACCAGCGUGCAAGCUGAGGAUCACAUAGACGACCUGAGGGAGACCUUUCAAAACUUGCGCCAAGCCCGAAUGAAGUUGAAUCCCUUGAAAUGCACAUUUGCUGUAGAGUCAGGAAAAUUCCUAGGGUACGUGGUAUCCAAGAAAGGAAUUGAAGUAAACCCAGAGAAGGUUCAGGCCGUUCAGCAGAGGGAGCCGCCCAGGACUGUAAAGGAUGUGCAACGUUUAACGGGCCGUGUCGCUGCGCUGCAUAGGUUCAUAGUCAAGUCGGUAGAAAGAUGCCUCCCGUUCAUCAAAGCCCUACGAGAGCCGAAGAACUUUCAAUGGACCAAUGAGUGUCAGCAAGUGUUUGACGAGCUCAAACAAGAUCUGGCAUCAGCACCCCUACUGUCCAAGCCUGUGGAAGGGGAGAGUUUAUACCUAUAUCUAGGGGUUUUACAAGGCGCCGAGCAGAACUACCCACUAGCAGAAAAGGCUGCUUUUGCUCUGGUGUGCACAGCUCGUAAGCUGAGAGCUUACUUCCAAUCUCAUCAGAUUGUUGUCUAUACUGAUCUGCCAUUGAGGAAGAUAUUACAGAAACCGAAACUCUCUGGUCGGCUUAUCGGAUGGAGUGUCGAGCUGAGUGAGUACGACCCCAAAUUUCAGCCGCGCACGACCAUAAAGGGCAAGGCUGUGGCAGAUUUCCUGGUGGAAUGCAUCUUGGCGACUAUGGAAGAAAAGGCACCCGAACACCCAGUCUGGGUCUUGUAUGUAGAUGGCGCCGCUAAUGUUGACGGAUCGGGUGCUGGGGCUGUCCUAGUGGGCCCAGAUGGCUUUAAAUCCGAGCAUGCACUGAGGUUUAAGUUUCAGACAACUAACAAUGCUGCAGAAUAUGAAGCCCUCAUUUAUGGAUUGAAGCUGGCGUCCGAGCUGAAGGUACCGAGUAUUCAGGUUUUUAGCGACUCUCAACUCGUUGUAGGCCAAGUGAAUGGCAGCUGUGAAGUUAGGGAUCUCCAGCUAGGUCGUUAUGCUUCUGUGGUCAACAGAUUGAAGUCAGGAUUUGUCUCUUUCCAAAUUGACAAAAUACCAAGAGCAGAUAACCACCGAGCUGAUGAGCUGUCAAAGUUGGCCUCCUCGCAGGACCUUAACCCUCAGAGGUCGACAAUUGUCGAAGUGCUUGACGCCCCAAGCUACGUCGAUUUCACAAUUGGGUGUCAACUGCUAAGCACGAAUCCCUCCUCUCCGAGCUGGACCACUCCGCUCAUUGAUUAUCUGCAAACAGACAAGCUGCUUGAAGACCCGUCCGCUGCAAAGUUGAUUAAACGCAGGGCUGCGCAUUUCACUUUACUGGACAGUCAGCUCUACAAACGAGCAGCCUCAAUGCCCCUAUUACGCUGCCUUACUCCCUAUGAAGCUGAAUAUGCUGUAAGGGAAGUUUAUGAGGGAGUAUGUGACACACACAUAGGUGGCAGAACGUUAGCUCGGAAACUUCUGAGGCAUGGUUACUACUGGCCUACCAUGGUUGAGGACACACAGAACUAUGUCAAAAAGUUCGGCAUACCUAAACGGAUCAUAGCUAACAAUGGUCCACAGUUCCGAGCCACAGCACUGAGGUCGUUCUGUAACGACUAUGGCAUUGAGCUCGCCUUAACGUCUGUAUAUACUCCACAGUCCAAUGGGCAAGCCGAGUCUGCCAAUAAAAUCGUCCUGCGAGGCCUCAAGACGCGUGUUUUGGCUGCACAUUCUAAUUGGGUUGACGAGCUCAAUAAAGUGCUUUGGUCUUGUCGCACUACACCCAGCUCGGCCACAGGCGAAACGCCAUGCAGCCUCGCCUAUGGACCUGAGGCCGUCAUCCCUGUAGAGGUCGGAUUGCCAUCUGAUAGAGCAGAUCGGCACAGCGACGAUCACAAUGAGCAACUUUUAAGGGAGAACCUAGACCUUGUGGAAGAGGUUAGAGAAAUGUCUCGAAUAAGAAACAUGGCACAUCAAAGUCGUGUUGCAAAAUUUUAUAACAAAAGAGUUCGAGCUCGUCAGUUUCAAGUAGGCGAUCUGGUUUUAUGCAAAGCUCGAUUAACCAAUAGUUAUUCACACAUGGGCAAGCUCGCUCCUAAUUGGGAAGGUCCCUAUAUGGUUGUUCAAAUUAAAUGACCUGGAUCUUACGUGUUAGCAAAUAUACAAGGACGCCAGUU